AAGUGACAUAUGCGGAAGCAAUCGGGAAAAUAGUAUCUGAGCUCUUGAUCUUUGUCGACUUCUUUUGGCGUUUGCAUGAUAACAUUGGAAAGGCUUGAAGUAAAGCUUGCGUGCAGUGCAGGAUUCCGGUGGGUAUUCUGUGGAUGUUGCCGCCAGUUUAGUGACGUUGGCGGAAUGGUGAUUUCCUCGAAGGAUUUCACAUGAACAGCUGACUUCUUAUAAUGGGCAGAGGUGUCUGGCAUACGUAACAUGAGCCCACCCCCUAUCACCGUGCUGGGAUGCAUUGAGUACGGCGUGAAAUCUUUGCCGUUCAUCGCGCCGUAUUUUGCUGUUUCUGUGGCUCUGACCUUCUACAACAAAUGGCUCCUGAACGGUGGAGGGGAGCAUGACCUGCCUUUCCCACUGUCCAUCACUGUGGCGCAUCUGACAUUUACGUUCUUCGUCAUCUGGGUGAUACGCCGCUGGUCGUAUCCGGGUUGCCGCGACGACAAGCCGCUGACGCUCGGCUGGGGAAACUAUGUGUACCGCGUGGUGCUGCCCGCGGUUGCGGGUGGUCUAGAUAUCGGCUUAUCGAACUGGAGUCUGGUGUACAUCACAGUAUCCCUCUACGCCAUGUCCAAGAGCACCUGUAUCAUAUUCAUCCUCUUCUUCUCCGUUCUGCUCGGUCUGGAGAAAGCCAAACUAUCCCUGUUCGCUGUUGUUGGGCUGAUCUUUUCCGGAGUCUUUAUGUUCACGUUCCGUACGACUAAAUUUGAUGCAGAAGGAUUCUUUCUGGUGAUGACGGCAGCGUUCCUGGGUGGUGUCCGGUGGAGCUUCUCCCAGUUGCUCAUGCAGAACAAGGAUUCAGGGCUCUCUAAUCCAGUUGACAUUGUCUUCCAUCUUCUGCCAUGCAUGCUGGUCGUGCUGGCGCCCAUGGCUAUGGUUGUUGAAGGCUACGAUGUGUCGGUGUCCCUGUCGCUGAUUUCCGCCAAGGACUUCCACACGGUGCUGACGUCGGUAUUCCUGAUCCUAUUCGGCGCUGUCCUGGCGUGCCUGCUCAACCUGUUUGAGUUCCUGCUGCUGUCGCACACCAGCGGCUUGACACUGUCCAUUGUGGGCAUUUUCAAGGAGAUAAGUAUAUUCCCAAUUGCGCACAGCAUGAAUGGUGACCAGUUUACGGCGGUCAACGUCGUCGGCUGUAUCGUGUGCGUUUGCGGCAUCGUCCUGCACACGGCCAUCAAAGCAAGCCGUGCAGAAGAGGGCAGUUCAUCCAACGGCAUACGAGCGGCAAGCAAGUCUCAGGGCAAAGGCCUGGAGCUGAGCUCUCUGGCCAAGCUGGGCCAGCGCCGUCGCAAUCCAAACUCCAGCGGAGAUCUGGCCGCCUUGAUGCAGGACCAGGGCAACUCUAGCGAGGAGGACCUCAUCUACAACCAGACCGGCGUUUGAUACGCCGUGCUCAUUUGCUGAUGGGUGGUAUCAUGAAUCGAUGGUAUUUCCCGGCGUUGAUGAUGUCAUCCACUUGAUUGGCGUCGCUUCCAGCAGUGGAUGACGUCAAUGAAACUGGCAGCUGGUGUUAUCAGACAGGUCGCAUGUAUGGAACGACGCUUGCGUGUGUUCUAGGGUGCCGGAUCCGCAUGCAUGAUGCCAUCCUCUACCCGGAUUAUCUUAUCGGAGUUGCUCCGUAUUACUUGAGUGAGACAGAUGUCGAAGUGUGGUGGUGCACUAGCGGUUCUACUAUCUUCUACACUGUGCUGGAUUUCCGUUGACAUCUUUGGCGCUCCCCUCUCGGCGUUAUUGUCUCCUUUAAUUUUCAUUCUCUAUCUGCUAUGCAUAGUGCUGAGGGUUAUGCACUGUAGUGUUAGUGGUUCCAACACUUACCACCAGGAGUACAUAAAUGUGGACUCCUGAUAGCCCAUGUACUUGUAAGUAGAAAUUGCCUGCACUAUGACUAUGUGUUUAAAAAAUUCCACCCACUUCGAAGUACAACAUAUAGAUAUCAUUAUGUCAAACUUAUUUUUUCUUAUUUUCCUAGUGUCUCGUUUCAUGAUCCGGCGGUUCAUGUACUCUUGGUCAUAUGAAUAUUCAAGCCGGUGUAACCGUGAAAACGGUACCAGA